UUCGACGAUAUAAGAGACGACGUUAUAUUCAAUAUGAAAGCGGUAAUACAACGAGUGACAAAAGCUAGCGUGUCAGGUAAUGGUUAGGUUAUAAGAACGUUUUGUCAAUCGAAAAAGGACAACAAAUUCUCAAUAUUUCAAGGAUUUCUGUGGGAAACACGUCUAAGCAAAGAGUCGGAGUAUACUGACGGCUUUUUUAAUCUAUAUUUUAUUGGAAUACAAUGGAAAACACUAAUAACGAGCAAAAGGAAACAGAGGGGAAAGAUAUAGAGAAUGAAGAUUCCGAAGAUAAAUCAGACGUCUCUUCGCAAGAUGAAAAAACCGAAAAUCAGGAACAGCAUAAAUCCAAAACUACGUGUACCACAGACAAUGAACCGUCUAAUUUACAGUCGCGAGAAAUCCAAACAGAUACCGUGGAGACCGAAACGGUAGAUCAAUUAAAGAAUCAGCUAGAUACAUUGAUGAAUUCUCUAGCUACUUUGUCAGCAGAGAAAUCUAAAAUGGAAGCAAAUUUUCAAAUAGAUAAAAAACAACUGCGAAGUGAACGGGAUGAAUGUGAGAAAGUAAUCAAAGAACUGAAAGAAAAACUGAAAAAAGUGCAGACUUCAAAUUAUUCUGAAGUCGAACAGGUAAAAUGUAAAUUAAUUAUGGAACGUCAUGAAAGGGAGAAAGAGCAAGCUGAUCAUGCUAAAAUAUUAAAAGAAUUCCAGAAACUGUUAUACGAUGAACGUCGAAAUAAAGAACAGUUGGAGGCGCAACUGAAAAGUCAGUUUGCAAAUAAAACUCAAUGUAAAAUACUCGAGGCUGAGUUGGAAAUAACUAGAAAUAAGCUAAAACAAGCAGAAGAAGCAGCUAAAGAGACACCUCCGAUUUUACUGUCGCUCCAAUCCGAAAUGGCUCUUAUGAAGAAACAACAUCUGAAUGCGAUACACGAAGAACAAAAACGUGCUGCCUCCGCGGAACAGCGGGCCAGAGUGUUGGCACUGACACACGAGACUAGAGUAGCAGGCCUAGAAUCAAGACUGGCUGAACUAUCUGAAAUUGUUGGAGGAUACGACAGACUCAGACAACAAGAUCAGCAGGCUAUUCAGAAGCUGAAAGACCAGUUAAGCGAUUUACAGGACUCCGAACGCAGCGAUUAUCUUACUGUGAACAGUGAACCCGAAGAGAUUAUUUCUAAAAUAAAAAAUCUUUAUACCAAAUUGCUAGAUUUAGAUAAUAAAAAGAGUGAAUCAGCUCAUGUCAAAUCAUUGCUAAACAGCCUAGGUUUGUACGACAAGCAACACAUUGUCGAUUAUAAGGAAAAAUACGACAUUUUGGUACAAGAGUUUGAAGAUUAUAAACAGCAUAUAUCUAAAUACAGUACUUCAAAUAUCUCUCAUAGCAUUCAGAGUCAAAACAUGACAGUGCACGAUAAGAACAAUAAAACGCAACUGCAUCUUUUAAAAGCACACAACAGUAAUUUAGAGGAAAGAAUGCGUAUAUUAAGUAACGAAGUUAUGAAUAAAGAAACGGAACUACAACUAAAAUUGGAUCAUCAACACAAGUCAUUUCAAGAGGAACGCGUGAGACUGGAACACCUGUUGCUUCAAAAAGACAACGAAUUUCGUAGCAAAAUAUCGACGCUAGAGCAACAGAUAUUGCGACAACGAGAACGAUCAAUGGCUCUAAUUGAAGAGAAGGACAAAGAAAUUUUAACUUUGAAAACAUCUUUUCAUGCAUUAUUGCCAAAGAAAGAAAAUCCUAUUGUAGAAAGUAGAACAGACGUAACGAAACGUGAACAUAAAGGAGAACCAAUGUCUGACCUAAUAACAGGACUAUUAACAUGUGACAGUCCUCCAAUAUUACAUUACAGUCAGGAAUUAGCAAGGAAAGAGGUGCAGGUAUCGGCUUCCAGGAGGAAAAUUUUAGAAUUGGAAGCUACAUUGCGGGACAAGCAAAGAGAAAUUGUCCAUGUAAAAGAGAAACAAAAGGAGGACACAAAAGUUUUGCAGGCUCAGAUUGGAAGACUCGAAGCUUGCAAAUCCAGAGAAGGCGCUAAUCUUGAGUAUUUAAAGAACGUUUUUAUAAACUACCUGACCACAAAUGAUGCUUCCAGCAAACGUCAUAUGCUAAAUGCUAUUUCGACAGUGUUACGAUUUACCACCGAAGAAUUAAAUAAAGUGAAACAUUGAUAGUUUUUGUUAGCGAUUGUCCUAAAUACGAUAUAAAAUUGGUUCUAUUUUCGGUGCUCUUUUAAAUGCUAUGUGGGUAAUGUUCGCGCUCAAUAGCACGUUCGUCAAAAUAUAUCUUUUCCUAAUUUUUCAGCAGUGAGUACUAUUACAGUUUACAGUAUACUAUUUAUACAGAUUACACUAUUUAGUUUAAACAGUAUUUAAUUAAC